AGAAGGGCAGCCUUCCUCGCCUCCGACUUCUCCCGCGCUUGGUUAGGUAGUGACAUCCUCUCUCAUGGUGGACAAAGCUCUGACGGCUCUGCCUCCGGUCAAGUAAACUACGAAAGAAUUGACAUCCGCUUCCUCAUACUUGAUUGGUGUAUCGUCAGAUGACGGAUUUUGAGUAGCUGGAGUAGCUGUCAAUUAUUCUGAGACCCCCCCCGCGCUCACUCGUCCGUGAUUGGUCGGAAUCAGUGACGAUACGCUGACAGUUUCCGGUGCGCGACACCGGGGAGGGAGCGCCGCGCCGCGCCGCAGCAUGGUGGGCUACGAGCCGCCGGCCCAAGGUCAGGGACCGGUACUCUCAGCCAGUCAGGCGGCCGUAGCCGGCUCAGCGGCUGGCCUCCUCACCCGGGUACUCAUAAAUCCGCUUGAUGUCCUCAAGAUUCGCUUCCAGCUCCAGAUUGAACGCUUGUCAUUGCUGGAGCCAAGGGCCAAGUAUCAUGGCAUUGUGCAGGCCACUGGCAUGAUAUUCAGAGAAGAGGGUCUGCAGGCAUUCUGGAAGGGCCACGUUCCAGCCCAGCUCCUCUCAGUCUCUUAUGGGGCUGUUCAGUUUGCAAGUUUUGAAUUUUUAACCAAAUUUAUCCACAAUGCCUUGCUCUGCGACUCGAGGAAUCCUACGGUGCACUUUGUUUGUGGAGGUCUGGCAGCAUGCACUGCCACUGUGACUGUACAGCCCAUUGAUACACUCCGUACCCGAUUUGUGGCACAGGGAGAACCCAAGGUUUACAGGAAUCUUUGGCAUGCAGUGGUCACAAUGUACAGAGGAGAAGGACCAUUGUCAUUUUAUCGGGGCCUCACUCCAACCAUUAUGGCUGUUUUCCCUUAUGCUGGGUUCCAGUUUGCCUUCUACAACAUAUUUCACCGUAUCUCUAAAUGGGCUAGCAUCAGCUCAGGUAAUAUACAGAAUCUCGUGUGUGGUGGAUGUGCAGGGAUCAUCAGUAAAACUCUUACGUACCCCUUUGACCUUCUAAAGAAGAGACUGCAGGUAGAUGGCUUUCAGCAGGCUCGAGCCGCCUUCGGACAGGUACAAACCUACAAAGGGUUCCUGGAUUGUGUGUUUCAGGUGGCUCAGAAUGAGGGGCUGAGAGGAUUCUACAAGGGCUUGUCACCCAGCAUGGUAAAAGCUGCCUUUUCCACUGGACUUGUAUUUUUCUGGUAUGAACUCUUCUGCAAUAUGUUGAACAACUACAGAUUGAGGGGAGACCCAGAACACCAGCAGCAACUGAGUAAAGGUCUCAAUGGCAAGCAAUCACAUUCAGCCAACUCCUCUUAAUUUUCACUUGUCUGGCCCAAAUCCGCUGCUGAUUCUUGCUUUGUGUGCAGACAAAUGAGUGCACAAGUCUUGGGAUUCUUCAGGAAAUAUGAUGUUUUCUUGGGAUGUCGUCCCGUUCCACAGUGUAGUACUGCUGUUCUGGGGUCAAGCAGAACUGAGCAGAGCUAUGUGUUACUGUGUGUGAAGCAUGUGCCUGCUGAGGAUUCCUGUAUUCAGCUUAAUGUGCCAUUGCUUAAGUUAUUAAUAUUUAAUUUUCUAAUGAGGUGCAUUUAUUUGGUGAUUUGUCAUUUUGGAUGCAGGUAUUUACAUAAACAUACUUGAUACAAACGCUAUUAUGUCACACCAAGUCUGCUGCCUCCUGUCAGUACUUGAGUGGUGUCAAUUUUUCCUCUAGGGUCAAUGCUGUUUUUACUUGAGUGCGGUUGUGGGGAGUAGACAGAGGUAUGCAGAGCUUUAACAUUGCUCUGUGUGACUGCUUAUUAUAAGAGAUUCCAAACUGCUGGCUGUGAAUCUCACACGGUGGUAUUAUAGCAAUGUGCUGGAGGAGCUCAGCACAUUGACAACUCCUUUCCUCGCACAGAGGCUGCAUGACCUGCUGAGUUCCUCCAACAGUUUGUUGUUGCUCCAGCUACAGUCUCAUUUCCUCUGUAAUGAUUUCCAGAACUACACACUGGGCUUGGACCAAGCUCAACAAUGCUCUCCAGGGCUGAACAAUCUAAGUGUGUAUCAGUGGUGACGCAGACGUGAUACAAGGGACUGUCUACAAUCAUUGGCAGCCUCAGAGUACAGAAGGAAUAUUUUAGGUGAAUGCCAAAUCUGUGCAGUUUCUGCUGCAACUUAUUUUGAAAUUGCAUAUAUUUUAAUAUAUAUUAAAAUGUUUAUACUUUUAAUAUUUAUGUAUAUUUUAUAAAUAAAGUGUGAAGU